CUAAACCUUCAAAAAUUCUAGUGUACAGUAUGCAAAUCAGAUUCUUAUUGUCAGCACUCCUCCAUACAUCAGUGAUAAGGAUGGAAGCCCAACAAAUCGCCAAACCGUUACCGAUGUACACUUUCGAACAGUUGAGAGAUGCAAUGAAAAAAGCUGGCACAGUAGUGAUAGAUGUCAGGGAAUCUGGCGAACUGAAAGAGACUGGAGUAAUACCUGGAAGCAUAAACAUUCCUGUGGACAGCAUAAAACGCGCUUUUUUGCAUACGGAUGCGCGAAAUUUCAAGAAUGAAUACGGCAUUGAGAAACCGGGCAUCGACACUGAAAUAAUCGUAUCGUGUCGAUCUGGACGCAGAAGCGAUUUAGUUCAGAGAUUAUUGGUUGGUUUUGGAUUUCGAAGAGUUUUUAAUUAUUCGGGUGGUUGGUUGGAUUGGGAGAAAAACACGAAAUCCUUGAAAAAAUAAUACCAGGCAUCCUUCACACAGAAAAUUCGUGAAAUUUCCAGUGUAUAUGUCAAAGAAUGCAUGUGAUUGCCAGCACAAUUAACCUAAAACUGUGAUAUGUCAUAAAAUCAAACAAGUAUUUUUGAACUACCUGAUGACUACAGGCAUGAAUUCUGUAUUUUUCAAAUAAACUUGCAGCCCACCAAAGGUU